GUCCCUGCCAGAAGAGGGAGCGCUAGGUCCAGCAAGGCAGAAGGGGUGCCACGCCACAUUCCCAAUUGCAAAUUUGCAUAUGCUCUUGUGGUACUCUAACCCCUAACACCCACCACAUUUGGCUCUUAAGAGGAAGGAAUGAGAGAAGUCCAGGCAAGACACUUUAAAAAAAACAAACCAUGAGAAGAAAUUGUUUCCGUAUAUUACAGGACUCUGAAUAGAAAAUUCCAUUGUGAAGGCUAAUCUGCAAGUUCCCCUUUUUGGAGGGAAAUAAAAAGAAGAGUCAUUCAAGCUGCGUUCAGUCUAACAGAGGCCAAGAUGAAGAACCUGGCUGUAGUCCUGGCAAUAGCCCUGAUUGUAACUGACCUCACUACCCUGACUGGCCUACCUCUGGAAAGCCUUCUAACCAACCAGAGAUGCAGAUGCCGCAAGCAAACCUCAGAUGUCAUCAGUGCUUGGAAGAUUAGUUUUAUUGAGGUGAUUCCUCGGGGGAUUCAGUGUAGAAGGAAGGAGAUUAUACUUACCCUGAAGAGUAAACAGAGAGCCUGCGUGCAUCCCAAUGCACCGUGGAUCCAGAUAUUGCUUCAUAAGCUGACGCAGAGGUACUGUAUAUGUGUUAGCUAA